AGAAUGUAGGCCGCCCACGAAUAUAAAAUGGUCAAAACCCUAGCUCUUAUAUUCCUCUUCGAGAGUAUAGGGUUUCAGCCGAUACCCCAGCAGAUCGUUCAUCAUCUCCCCGCUGCACAACAAUGGGUAUCGACUUGAAAGCAGGAGGCAAAAGCAAGAAAACCAAGCGUACUGCGCCAAAAUCUAAUGAUGUUUACCUUAAAUUGCUUGUCAAGCUCUACCGAUUCCUUGUUAGAAGAACUGGUAGCAAAUUCAAUGCUGUGAUUUUGAAGAGGCUUUUUAUGAGCAAGAUUAACAAGGCUCCCCUUUCUCUUUCUAGGCUUAUCAAGUAUAUGGAGGGCAAGGAUGGGAAAGUUGCAGUUUUGGUGGGAACUGUGACGGAUGAUGUGAGGGUAUAUGAAGUGCCUUCACUUAAGGUUUGUGCUCUUAAGUUUACUGAAACUGCAAGAGCUAGGAUUGAAAAGGCUGGUGGUGAAUGUCUCACUUUUGAUCAGUUGGCUUUGAGAGCUCCUCUUGGACAGAACACUGUAUUGUUAAGAGGCCCUAAGAACGCUAGGGAGGCAGUCAAGCACUUCGGCAAAGCUCCUGGUGUUCCUCACAGCCACACCAAACCUUACGUUCGAUCCAAUGGAAGGAAAUUCGAGAGGGCCAGAGGUAGACGCAACAGCCGUGGCUACAGGGUUUAAGUCGAAUUUCAAAGAAAAGAGUUUUGGUCUCGUUCAUUGCAGACUUGUGCCAAGCGAUCAUGUGAUGCUAUUGUGUUUGUGUUGUGUUUUACUUUAAUAUCUUGAGUUUGCCAAACAGAAUGUUAGUUAUAGCAGAUUUUUACCUGACUAUUAUUUUGGUAAUUAAGUGAUGGAGGUAAAUUUUGUUACUAUAACAUUGCCUUCUGUAAUUGCAAAACAUAGAGGUUUUCAUUUGGGUCA